AUGUCUCCACAAACAUUGAAUCUGGGUCAGGUGCAUUACCUGUUGUCUGACCCCUCCUCGCCCUCUUCGUCUCCUGUACUGUCUUGCUCCUCAGGUAUCCAGGCUGAUGACAACCUGAAGUCUAUGUUUGUUGGCACAGUGAUGAGAAAAAUCAAGUCUCGCACAUGGAAAAAGCAUCGUUAUUUCCGUCUACAAGAAGACUGCAUGACUAUCUGGUACAAGAGCAAGAAAGCAGCAAAUGCACACUCCACCUUUUCUGUGGGUGAUGUGGAAGCUGUGCGGGAAGGGCACCAAUCUGAGGUUCUGCUCAGCAUUGCUGACGAGUUCCCGCCUGACCGCUGCUUCACCCUUGUGUUCCGUGGUCGACGAGGCAACUUGGACCUAGUGGCCGAAUCAGCAGGGGAAGCGCAAUCAUGGAUUAAAGGGAUACGCAAACUCAUCGAUAACCUGGAGAACAUGGGGCAGAGAGAGAAACUAGAUCAAUGGAUCUGUGAUUGGUUUAAAAAGGCAGACAAAAACAGAGAUGGACGGAUGAACUUUAAGGAGGUCCGAGAUCUGUUGAAGAUGAUGAAUGUGGACAUGAACGAGCAUCACGCUCUUCGUCUCUUUACGAUGGCAGACAAGUCUCAAUCAGGAACUCUUGAAGAUGAUGAGUUCGUGCUGUUCUAUAAGAUGUUGACUCAGCGCGAGGACGUCCUGCGAGUAUUUCAGGAAUAUUUGGGCGAUGGGCAGAAGUUAACACUCCAAGAUCUGAAAGAUUUCUUACGGGAGGAGCAGCUACACGAGGAUGGAGUUCAGCAGUAUGCACUAAAACUCAUUGAACGCUAUGAACCUUCAGACACCGCAAGAAUGCUACAAGCGAUGACGUUUGAUGGUUUUCUGAUGUACCUGACCUCACCAGAAGGCUCUAUCUUCAACCCUUCUAUGGUGGAACUCUACCAGGACAUGACUCAGCCUCUUUGUCAUUACUUCAUAUCGUCUUCUCAUAACACAUACCUUUUGGAAGACCAAAUCAGAGGACACAGCAGUGUGGAAGGCUAUAUACGAGCAUUGAAACGUGGCUGUCGAUGUGUAGAAGUGGACUGCUGGGAUGGACCAAAUGGAGAACCAAUUGUCUACCAUGGACACACGUUCACCUCAAAGAUCUUCUUCAAGGAUGUUGUCACUGUGCUGGGCAACUAUGCAUUUAAAGCAUCGCAGUACCCUGUCAUCCUGUCCAUUGAGAACCACUGCAGUGUAGAGCAGCAGAAAGUCAUGGCCCAACACCUCACCCAGAUCCUGGGAGACAAGCUGCUGAAAAGCCCUUUAGAUGGAAAGAUUCUCAUCGGCCUCCCAUCUCCUGAGGAUCUGAAAGGGAAGAUUCUGUUGAAAGGAAAGAAGAUAGGUGGAUUAGAGGAUGGCAUGAAUGGGGUGGUGGAUGACCCUUUGAUGGGAGAAGUGAGCGACGAAGAGGAGAUUGCUGAAAUUGACGAUGACCAUCAUCGCAAUGACAGCAUACGGCAUAGAGUCAAGAAAUCCAAGCAGCAUCUCUCUAAAGAGCUGUCGGACUGUGUGGUUUACUGCAAGAGUGUCCACUUUACCGGCUUUAAACAUUCACAAAUUCACUCCAAGUUUUACGAGAUCUCCUCCUUCACGGAGUCUAAGGCCCGGAAACACAUAAGGGAGGCAGGAGCGGAGUUUGUUCUCCAUAAUGCUCGUCAACUGAGCCGGGUUUACCCCAGUGGUUUGAGAACUGACUCAUCCAACUUCAACCCACAGGACAUGUGGAACGCAGGGUGCCAAAUUGUUGCUCUGAACUUUCAGACCGCAGGGGUUGAGAUGGAUCAGAACGACGGCUUAUUCAGUCAGAAUGGAUAUUGUGGCUACAUACUGAAACCAGCAUUCAUGCGCAACAUUGAUGAGAGGUUUGACCCAGAAAACCCCCAAAAUGACGGUUACAAGCCGCUUAGCCUGUCUAUUCAGGUAAUCAGUGGCCAACAGCUUCCCAAGGUAAACAUCAAGGAGGGCUCAAUCAUUGAUCCCCUCGUUCGGGUGGAAAUUCACGGUGUACCACUGGACCAGGCCAAGCAGGAAACCAGAUACAUUGACAACAACGGUUUUAACCCAGUAUGGUACGAUACACUUCAGUUCACAAUUCACGUCCCUGAAUUAGCGCUGGUACGGUUUGUCGUGGAGGACUAUGAUAAAACAUCAAAGAAUGACUUUGUGGGACAGUUCACUCUCCCUUUCACCUGUAUUCAGCCAGGAUAUCGUCACAUUCAUCUCCUGUCUAAGGACGGCACCAGCAUACCUCCUUCCUCGCUAUUUGUUAAUGUCCGGAUAACUAAACUAAUGUAAACUGACUUAAUUUAAAGUUGUCUUACACUGACACGUGCACAAAAGAAACUAAAAAAUGCAACAAUUUCAAGUCUUCCCAGUCAACACUUGUUUUCAGAAUGCUGACAUUCUAAUAAGUACAGUAAAAAAUGUAUUAAAAAGUAUCAAUGUACAAUUUUAAGGUAAAGUUGUGUUGCUAUAGAUUUAGUUCAU